AUGGUGGCUCAUGAAUUGACGCCGACUUUCGAAAGCGAUGAUCCAUCUCAUGAGAACUUUCGGCUCAUUGAGGGUGGAUUCCCUCUAUUCAACGCGGUUGUAGAAGCAUUGCCGGCUGGAACCACUGUCUUGCGGGCAACUGACUACGGUGACCAUUGCUCAUGGUUUCGUAUCGGUCGCAUAGAGACGCGAGACCAAGACAAUGAAGAAGUUCACUUCUUCACAAAGUAUGGCACCGGGGACCUCGGGAAGAACCUGCUUGGAAGCGAAUACCAAUCCCAAUGUAAUCUGUACUCGUUGAUUCCGGACCAUGUGCCAAAACCAAUCAGCUGUGGGAGUCUGGGAAUUUCAGGGUCUAACGAAGGAUGCUUCCUCCUGACUCAAUUCAUCCAAUUCGACAACCGUGAUUUGCCGGAUCCUGACUCGACAGGUGCUCUUAUCGCUAAGCUGCACAGUGCAUCCAAGGGCGCUUCGAAAAACUAUGGGACAGCUGGCCGCAACUUCGACGGAAUGUUGUGCUACCUGGAAGGGUGGGAAAAGCACUGGCAUAUCCUCUUCGCCAAAAUCUUGUUUCAGGUUUACCACUACAACGUUCUAGCCAAUGGCCUGUGGGAGGAUCUCGACACUGCUAUCGUCAAGGUCAUACACCAUGUUAUCCCAAAGCUUUUGUCUUCUUUGCGCGACGGAAACCAAGGAAUCGAGCCAACUUUCAUUCACGGAGACUUAUGGAAUGGAAACUUUGGCACCGCGGAUGACACUGGCAAGCUUUACGUAUUUGACUCCAGUGGGUACUACGCCCACCACGAGAUGGAGUUUGCCUACUGGAGAACAGAGCAUCAUCGAAUGCACCAACAAGACUAUUGUGGGGCUUACUUCAAACACUUUCCCCCAAGUGACCCAGCUGCUGAGUUUGAAGAUCGUAUGCUCCUGUAUACCCUCAAGCCGCUUCUAUUAUAUUCAUCUAUGAACCCGGGGCAUAUCACGAGGCAGAGAGCUCUGGCCAAUAUGAACUCCCUUCUCCGAAAGUAUUAUCCAGCGGGAGACAUGGAUAUGAAGACAGAUAGUACACUAUUAGAUAUCACGAACGGAAGUCAUUUAUGGGUCCGGGAUUUUCCUUCGGAAGUGGGCAGGUUCAUCAACACUCGCAAGGCAAGCAAAGGGACCCCGUGA